UAAAUCAACUCUGAAUCUUAUGCAUCAAAGCUUUAACAUGAUUUCUGUGCUUUUUUAUGGAAACAGUUCUUGCAUUGCCUUUCUAACCACAUGCUACAAAGGAAAUCAGUGUUCUCCCACAGCAUGUUCAAGUGGAGCCUUAAUUUCAUGAUGUGUAAUAACAUUUGGGUUUAGUCAUAUCUAAUUGACAUUAAGAUGUUAGAUGGAAAACCUUUACCCUUAGGAUGGAGUGUGAGCUUGUAAUAUUUUAAAACUUUUUUUUAGUUAAGAAAAAUGUAUGCUAACAGCUUCAAUGGCAUCAUAAUUUAAAAUACAAACUCCAAGAUGUAGAGGCUGUUAACACACAGGAGUGGAUAAAGUGUGUUUUAUAAAUGGUAACUUCAAAGUUCGUCAGUUUUUUCUAACACUAAACCCCAUCUUGGUAAGAUGUGCCUCUGUAAUUAACUGGAGUCACAUCAGUAACCAGCUGAAACUAAUGAACUACUCGUUUGCAUAAAUAGUUGCACAAGUGCAGCUGGUGCUAGAACGCUAAAGCUGGGCUCUGGAUCAUGUAGCUGUGGUGGUACAAGUUUCAUGUUUGCUCUUCUGGAAAAAGUUUUAUUGAAAUUCUGUCUUAAGUAUGAAGGGCCAUCCAUAGAGACUGUAGUUUCUGUUGGAAUCCACGAUUUACCUGUACAGCUGGUACAUAUAUACCUGUGUGCAUAUGCUAUCUGCACUUAUUUUUCUGUUGAUUUAAAAAUUGACUCGAUUUGUGACCCGAGUAUUUUCUUGUGUACCAUAACACAGCUGUAAUGCACAAACAUUGCUUCUCUGUGUGUCAGUCUCAGUCCUGCAGAGCAGUUCUCCUGAAAAAGGUAUGGAUAAGAACACAGAUGAAGAGCAGCCUUCAACUGCCUGUAACCAGUACCCUAAAGAAGCAGUGAAGAAACGUCAGAAUUCGGGUCGAGGUUCCGGGGGCAAUGAUUCUUCCAGGACCUUCAGAAAAAGCUUCAGGCUGGACUACAGAUUAGAAGAGGAUGUAACUAAAUCCAAGAGGGGCAAAGAUGGGAGAUUUGUCAACCCAUGGCCAACAUGGAAAUCACCAACCUUACUAAACGUUUUGAAAUGGUCCUUCAUGGAAAAAAAUAACAGCAAUGUGCCACGCUCAAAGCAGGAACUUGACAAAGAACUUCCAUUGUUACAACCUUACUUUGUUCAAACGCCAGAAGAUGCUGGGAAAACAGGAUCUGGUAUGCGAGUCACGUGGCUGGGACAUGCCACAGUUAUGGUGGAAAUGGAUGAACUUAUAUUUCUUACUGACCCAAUCUUCAGCCAGAGAGCUUCCCCUGUUCAGCUGUUGGGUCCCAAGCGCUUCCGAGGGCCUCCGUGCACGGUAGCGCAGCUCCCCAGGAUAGAUGCGGUGUUGAUCAGCCACACCCACUACGAUCACCUGGACUACAACUCCGUGGCGAGUCUGAACGAACGCUUUGGGAGCGAGCUGCGCUGGUUUGUGCCUCUGGGGCUCCUGCAGUGGAUGCAGAGAUGUGGUUGUGAGAAUGUGAUUGAACUCGAUUGGUGGGAGGAGAACUGUGUCCCUGGUCAUGAUGCAGUAACUUUUGUCUUCACCCCGUCCCAGCAUUGGUGCAAAAGGACUGUGACAGAUGAUAACAAGGUUCUCUGGGGCAGCUGGUCUGUCUUGGGACCUUGGAAUAGGUUUUUCUUUGCAGGAGAUACCGGGUAUUGUUUUGCUUUUGAGCAAAUAGGUAAAAGGUUUGGACCUUUCGAUCUUGCAGCCAUCCCUAUUGGAGCUUAUGAGCCAAGGUGGUUUAUGAAAUACCAGCAUGUGGAUCCUGAAGAAGCAGUAAGAAUCCAUAUUGAUGUUCAAGCAAAGAAGUCUGUAGCAAUUCAUUGGGGGACCUUUGCUUUAGCAAACGAGUAUUACUUGGAUCCUCCGGUUAAAUUGAAUGAAGCUCUUGAAAGAUAUGGCUUGAAAGAAGAUGACUUCUUUCUCUUGCGCCAUGGAGAAUCACGGAAUUUGAAUAAAAACGAAAACUGAAACAGUGUCAGUUCCUUGUAAGCCCUGUUUGAUUUGAAUUAGCAAUUAAUGUUACAAUACUAUAAUAAUGUAUGUACACAAUAGAUUUUUUUUAGAUUGAAUCGGAUUUCUAAAUGUCAGAUUUGUCUUUGUUUCAGAACUAAAGCUUGCAUACCAAUUUAAUGACAAAUUUGACUAGUUACAUUGUUUAUAAAUUUAGAGAGGUGAUCUAAAAGUGGUUUAUAUAUUAAAUGUUGUCUGGGAAAAACUUGCUCUGAUGUACACCACUGAUAAAAAAAUUAUUUUUAAACUCUUCAUCUUACCUGCAGCAGCAAUAAUAACUUCAGCACAGAACAUAUACUUAGGAUUAAUGGCUGACUUGAAUUAUUCAUUGUUAGACUGUCAUCUCCCACUUGUUAGUCUUCAAGUUAUGCCCUAUACCUUGAUAGCUUCACUGUAUGUUUUGUGGGGUGAAGUCUUCCAAUACAGCUGUGUUAUUAAAGCACAAGCAUGAUAAAAUUGUUUCACUCUUCAUGUAUUAAUGAACCACAGAAGCUGAAUUUUACAUCAAAGAAAUGUGCCUUUUAAAGAGAGAGAUAGUUUAAUAUUGCAUCAUGGAUGUGUAAAACUAACUGCUGGCCAGAGUAUCUGCACACUUUUAUUGUUUCGUCUAUGUUUUUAAGUUAGGUCUGAAUGUAUCAAUUGUAGCACAUGAAGUGGAAAAAUCUCUUAGUGUCCCUUGUCCUUGCAUUAACUCAGCCUUUUUCUAAGUACUUUUUUUUUUUUUCAGUAGAAAGUCUUAAGCAAGGGCUGUGGUAUUUUUUCUAAUAGCUUCCCUAUAAUUUUAAAGUUGAAUGAGAGAUUUACAACAUUGUUCAGUGUUAUAAAACUUGGCCAAAUGUGUCUGUAUCAAAUUGUCUUGCUAAUUUACAGAAUUAAAGCCUAUUGUUGCCAAUAAAAAGGGUUGUUAUUCUCCUUCA